UCGCUUGUACGGUUAGGCGAGCGCUGUCCGAAAGCAAAAAUGUUGGAUCCAUCCUCCAGCGAAGAGGAAUCGGACGGGAUAGUGGAGGAGGAAAGCCGAGAGGUGAUGGCUCCUCAGUCCGGUUCCUCUCGCAUCUCCCCCAGCAGGACCAGCGAGAGCUCCGAUAGGCUCCAGCCCGCCAGCCGAGGCUCCAGUGCGCGACCAUCCAGCCCGAGCCCGUCGGCCGCCAGCGAGCAGGAAAAGGAGGACGUGGAGAAACUGCAGAAGGAAGAAGAGGAACGAAAGAAGAAGCUGCAACUCUAUGUCUUUGUAAUGCGAUGCAUCGCCUAUCCUUUCAACGCCAAGCAGCCGACCGACAUGGCAAGGCGACAGCUGAAGAUCACCAAGCAGCAGCUGCAAACCACUAAGGACCGCUUUGAGUCUUUUCUCAAAGGAGACACACAGAUUGUGGCAGAUGAAGCCUUCAUCAAUGCAGUUCAGAGCUAUUUCGAGGUUUUUCUAAAGAGCGACCGUGUUGCUAAGAUGGUCCAAACAGGAGGUUUAUCCGCUCUGGACUGUCGCGAGGUGUUCAAGCGCCAUAUCGAGAAACGAGUCCGGAGCCUGCCAGAGAUCGAUGGUCUGAGCAAGGAGACUGUGCUGAGUUCCUGGAUGGCUAAGUUUGACACCAUCUACCGUGGAGACGAGGACCCACGCAAGGCACAGCAGCGCAUGACAGCCAGCGCCGCUUCCGAGCUCAUCCUGAGCAAAGACCAGCUCUACGAGAUGUUCCAGCAGAUCCUGGGGAUCAAGAAGUUUGAGCACCAGCUGUUGUACCAGGCUUGCCAGUUGGAUAAUCUGGACGAGCAAGCAGCUCAGAUCAGGAGGGAACUGGAUGGGCGUCUGCAGAUGGCUGAUCAGAUUGCCCGGGCUGGCAAAUUCCCCAAGUUUGUGUCGAAGGAGAUGGAGGCUAUGUAUAUCGAAGAACUGAAGAGCUCAGUCAACCAGCUGAUGGCUAACCUGGAGAGCAUGCCAGUUUCAAAGGGAGGAGAGUUCAAACUGCAGAAGCUAAAGAGGGGACACAACACCUCCAUCAUUGAUAUGGGACAGGAAGAUGAAAACCAGCUGUCCAAGUCUGAUGUUGUGCUGUCUUUCACACUUGAGGUCUGCCACAUGCGACUGGACUGUGAUAAUGAAUGGGUACAGAAAGAUUGGGGAACCCAAGGAGACUUCACCACCACACACCCUCUGCCAGCGGUCAAAGUGAAGCUCUUCACAGAGAGCACAGGGGUCUUGGCCCUGGAGGACAAGGAGCUGGGCCGGGUGGUUCUUCACCCAACUCCAAACAGCCCAAAGCAGGCAGAGCUUCACAAGAUGACUGUGACCAAGGCCUGCCCUGAUCAAGAUCUGAAGAUCAAACUUGCUGUACGCAUGGACAAACCUCAGAACAUGAAGGCUUGUGGGUAUUUAUGGGCUGUUGGCAAAAAUGUUUGGAAACGCUGGAAGAAGCGCUUCUUUGUCUUGGUUCAGGUAAGUCAGUAUACCUUUGCCGUGUGCAGCUAUCGAGAGAAGAAGUCAGAACCACAGGAGCUGCUGCAGUUAGAUGGCUAUACUGUGGACUACACUGACCCACAGCCAGGUCUGGAUGGAGGCCGGGCUUUCUUCAAUGCAGUAAAGGAGGGUGACACUGUGAUCUUUGCCAGUGAUGAUGAGCAGGACCGCAUCCUAUGGGUGCAGGCCAUGUAUCGAGCUACUGGCCAAUCACACAAACCCGUCCCGCCCACCCAGGUCCAGAAACUGAAUUCUAAGGGCGGAGCUGCGGCACAGAUGGAUGCCCCCAUCUCUCAGUUCUAUGCUGACAGGGCACAGAAGCACGGCAUGGAUGAGUUUAUCUCAGCUAACCCAUGUAGCUUUGAUCAUGCCUUAUUGUUCAAGAUGGUGCAGAGGCUCACGUUGGACCACAGGCUAAAUGACAACUUUGCAUGUCUGGGAUGGUUUAGCCCGGGUCAGGUGUUUGUUCUGGAUGAAUAUUGUGCUCGGAAUGGGGUGAGAGGAUGCCACAGACAUCUGUGUUAUCUUGGCGACCUGCUGGAGAGGGCAGAUGCCGGGCUCAUGAUUGACCCGACGCUGCUGCACUACAGCUUCGCGUUUUGUGCCUCCCAUGUUCACGGCAACAGGCCUGAUGGUCUUGGAACAGUAACGGUGGAGGAAAAAGAACGCUUUGAGGAAAUCAAAGAGCGAUUACGUGUCCUUCUGGAGAAUCAGAUCACAAACUUUAGGUAUUGCUUUCCGUUCGGUCGCCCUGAGGGAGCAUUGAAAGCCACUCUGUCUUUGCUGGAGAGGGUGCUUAUGAAGGACAUUGUGACCCCAGUCCCACAGGAGGAGGUCAAGGCUGUCAUUCGUAAAUGCUUAGAGCAAGCAGCUCAAAUUAACUACCAGCACAUCACUGACUACGCCAGAGAGGAAGUUGAGAAAACUCUAAAGGAUCAGAAGGAUCCAGAGAAUGUAGCUAACCUAGCAACACCUGCUAAAAAACUGGAGCAUGUCAUCCGCCUGGCAGAGUUAGUCAUUGAGGUUCUACAUCAGAACCAGGACCAUCACGCUGAGACAUCCCUUCACCAUAUUCAACCCUUGACCCCCUUUCCUCUGACCCCAAACUCUUGCAUGCCGGAAUCCUCUUUUUCUUUAGGAAAAAAGAGGGAAAUGUAUGAUCAUCCUGUCUACUCCUUGGCUACACAUGUGAUGGAUUUAACCAUCCUUGAGAAAACUCUAAAGGAUCAGAAGGAUCCAGAGAAUGUAGCUAACCUAGCUACGCCUGCUAAAAAACUGGAGCAUGUCAUCCGCCUGGCAGAGUUAGUCAUUGAGGUUCUACAUCAGAACCAGGACCAUCACGCAGAGGCUGCGGUCACAAGUACAGGAGACCAGUCGGGAAAAGAGGCCUUUGCAUGGUGGUCAGACCUGAUGGUGGAGCACGCUGAGAACUUCCUGUCGCUCUAUGGAGUUGAAAUGGAUGCUGCUCUUGAGAUCCAGUCUCCCGAGAGCUGGGACAGUUUCCCGCUCUUUCAGCUUCUAAAUGAUUUCCUCCGUGCCGACUAUCACCUGUGUAACGGAAAGUUUCACAAACAUCUGCAGGACCUGUACGCCCCUCUUGUGGUGCGAUAUGUGGAUCUUAUGGAGUCCUCCAUCACUCAGUCCAUUCACAGGGGAUUUGAGCGGGAGUCAUGGGAACCUGUAAAGAGUUUAACAAGUAAUCUGCCCAAUGUGAAUCUACCAAAUGUGAACCUCCAAAUUCCCAAAGUACCAAAUCUUCCCGUGCCAGUAGCAGGACUAUCUGUUAACCUUCCACAAAUGCCUAGCUUUUCCACUCCAUCCUGGAUGGCUGCUAUAUAUGACUCUGACAAUGGAUCGGGAACAUCAGAAGAUCUGUUCUGGAAGUUGGAUGCCCUACAGACCUUCAUCAGGGACCUACAUUGGCCGGAAGAAGAGUUUGCCAAACACUUGGAUAACCGUAUGAAGCUCAUGUCAAGUGACAUGAUUGAGACAAGCGUUAAACGCACCAAGACAGCAUUUGAAUCUAAGCUGGCCAAAAGCAGCCGUUCCACAGAUUUCCGCAUCCCACUGUCCUUAUGCACCAUGUUCAAUGUGAUGGUGGACGCCAAGGACCAGUCUGCUAAACUGUGUGCCAUGGAAAUGGGCCAGGAGAAACAGUACCACUCUCAAAUCGAUGAGCUUAUUGAAGAGAGUGUAAAAGACAUGAUUUCACUCUUGGUGGCAAAGUUUAUGGUCAUUCUGGAGAGCGUACUUGCCAAGAUCUCCAGGUACGAUGAGGGAACUCUCUUCUCCUCCUUCCUCUCCUUCACGGUGAAAGCAGCAUCAAAAUAUGUGGAUGUCCCUAAACCAGGGAUGGACGUUGCAGAUGGCUAUGUGACCUUUGUCCGUCACUCUCAGGACAUUCUGAGAGAUAAGGUCAAUGAGGAGGUGUAUAUAGAGAGAUUAUUUGAUCAAUGGUUUACAGCCACUAUGAAUCUGCUGGCGACCUGGCUGACUGAGCGCAUGGAGCAACAGCUUCAUGUCUAUCAACUCAAAAUCCUCAUCAGGAUUGUAAAGAAGAAAUAUCGAGAUUUUAGGCUGCAAGGCGUUCUUGACUCUACAUUGAACAGCAAGGCGUACGAUACGGUACGGAACCGGCUGAUCCUGGAGGAAGCCACUGCCUCUGUCAGAGAGGGGGGCAUGCAGGGCAUCUCGAUGAAGGACAGCGAUGAGGAAGACGAGGAGGAUGAUUAGAGCAUCGAGCCAUCCGGUGCCACCCACCACCCUUAACCCGACCCAUCUAUCCAACUCUACCCUACCCCAACACUUUAAACUUAGCCUGAUAACGUAAGAUGCAUGUAACAACUCUGAUUACCCAGUUAGCCACUUUAGGAUCUCCCCCCAUCAGCUCGAAUUGCCCACAAACUAAGCUAAAAAAAACAAUACAAAUCAAAGAAUUGUACUAAAGCGUAAAAAGAACGUUGCAAAGACCAUGAUUGGCCAUUUUAGCUGUAUCAUAACAUAAGAACAGCGAACUAGCACCAAUUUUUCCAACUCAUUUAUUUGAGGAAUUUGUUUCUAUGUGUUCCUAAGCAAUAUGGAGUACCAUUUGUUUGAUAAUGUCGAGUGAGAUUAUUAGGUGUGUCCCUGUCCAAUGCGAUAACAUAUAUGGCGCUUCUUUGACGUACUCUUACAUACAUUAAUGGUACAUUGUUGUGAAGAUGAGUGUAUGGACCCUUUUCUUUGUCUUGUCUGUUUUUAAAGUGGAUGCCAACUGCUUCAAAACUAAAAAUGAACCUCUAUUUAAGUUCAAAACUGUUAACUGUAAAUGUCUUCUGUGUCUGCACAUUUCCAUUGUACUUUUUUCCUUAUUUGUGUCGUGGCUCUGUGGCCCUAUGUCGCAAAUAUCCAACUAGGCAUUGUCUCACAGGCAUCUUAAAAUGAAAAUGAAUUGGUAUUCUAGAAAUGCAAUAUUGCCAUACCUCCAUUUUGAUGUCUCAUUGGAGACGUCUUUUAAUUAGAUGUCAGAAAUGACAACAAAAAACGGCUAUAUUUUUGGUUCAGUUUCACUUUUACAGAGGAUCUCUAUCUCUCUUUUUUAAGUUUGUAUGUCCAAUUAAAGUCAUUCUCUUUAUGUUAGUAGACCUGUUGAAACUGCUAUGUGCCAUUUUUGGGGUCUCACUAUUGUUUUUGUAUAUAUGAUGCUGUACAUUGCAUUCUGAGCCAUUGCUGCAUGCCUGUGGGAUCCACCUUCUCCAAAA